UCCAGAGUGCUCGGAGCUCGCAACGGGACAGGACGAGACGGAGCAGUGCUGUGAGGAGCCCCUGCACAGCACACUCAUUCGUGUCUGACCUGGAGCCUUUCCGAGGUGUUAUUCCUGCAGCUGACCUCGAGGCCAGACCACAGGACUUGGUGACCUGUGGCCUUCCUGAGGCUUCUCUCCUGCAGGUACCCUCGAGGGCAGACCGUGGGCCUUGGUGCCCCGGAGGCAUCUCCCAUCCUGCCGCCAGUGCCCUCGAGGCCAGAUCACCAUCCUUGACAGGACUCUCCUGCCCUUGUGGCAGGAGCCCUCCAGAGCAGAGUGCAGGACGUGCUGUCCUGUAGCCCUCCUGAGGCUUCGCUCUUGAAGGUGCCUUCCAGGCACGACUGCAGGACUUGCUGACUCGGAGCUUUUCCGAGGCACCUCUCCUGCAAGCAGCCACAAAUCCAGUCAGAGACAUGGAGCAGAGACCCAAGCUGGCCUGGGUGGAGGAAGAGGAAGAAGGCCCUGGAGCUGCCCCAGCACAGGAGAUGGAAGAGGUGGUGCUGUUCAAGCCACUGCAGGAGAAUGCAGCCGUGGAGCGCACACAAGAGCAGCAGUCCAGCCGUGGCCUCUUCCACAGAACAGCACAGCUGGUUUGCAAAUUAAUCAGGAGAAUUCGGGAGGAAGAGACCAGCACCGUGGGCACUGGGCUCAGAGCAUACUCGCACAUCUUCAAAACCAAGACCAGUGCUGCCCUGCUGGAUAUGCUGGUAGAGGAGGGCUUUUGCAAUCCAAAGCAAGUGCCCGCCAUGGUCAGGUACAUCCACCAGUGGCUCACGGCCAAUCAGUUUGCUGAGCACAGGCUGAACAGGACCCUGCUGGAUCUCACCGAAGCACAGCCCGCUGACGUACUGGUGACGCUCCUGCGUGUGGCCCCAUCCUGUGACAGAGCUGCUCUGACCAUGUGGAAGAGCAUCAUGUGCUCGCCCAGGACUGCGGAGCCUGCGCUGCUGAUACUCCUGGAUGUGCUGGGGAGCUGGCCCGAGCACAGCAUGUGCACCUCCGAUGGGGACAAAACGGGUGUCUUGGUCCUGGCUGCCACUGUGGUGAUGUGGAAGAUCCUCCAGGUUCCCUGUGUCCCACACGUGGUGACGGUGUAUUUCCCCCGCCUCUUUGUGCAUCUGCUCUUCCAAGUGUUCUCCACCACUCUGGAUAUGCCAGAGGAGGUGGAUACCUUCUGGAAGGGAUGCCAAGAGCAAUAUGACCUUGCCGCCAGCCCCAACAGGUUUGCAGUGCGGACCCUGAAGUCCCUGCUCUGCCGAAUGCAGCACGAGGAUGUGGUGGUGGCGAUGGAAGCACCAGCGUGUGGCUGGGACACGCUGCUGUGUGCUGACACCCACCACUAUGCCGUGGCUCUGCUGGCCAGGUGAGACCCCCUUCUCCCCGCUGCCUCUGACAUUUGUGCUCUGUGCCCAGGGUGCCCCACACAGUCCCCAUGGUCGCGGGCCAGAGGGCCUUGUCACCGAGGGACAGCCAAGCAGACUGGAAAAGGCUGGGAGAGGAGGGUGCCCACAAGAAGCCACCUCCCAAAUAGCCC